AUGCAGUCGACUCCUCUUCGCAUCGGCGAUCUUGCCUUUGUCGGACCGCUCCAUGCACCAGCACUACCGCGGUUUGGCUACGUGCGGGUGAGUCGCCUUGAUGGCGACACCGUUUACGUGAGCAAGGUCGAACCGGAGGAUGAAGAAGAGGAAUUCGCGGUUGUGCUGGCCACCAUCAUGGCUCGCAAGGUAGGCACCUCGGAGAUUACGUUGUUACCAGGAUCCUAUGUAGGUCGUCUCGUGGCAUUUGUUCACCCUAUCGGAUCUACAACCAUCUCGGUGCGCCUACUAGAUCCUCCUCAGAUCAUCAAGGUCGACCCAAUCAACUAUGCUCUACAAGUGGGUGCCACGGUGUCGGACAUGUUCCUCAACGACCGGGAAUUAUUGCAACAGCAGGUUUGCGUCACGUUACAGAAGCGUAGAAGUGUCACGCCGGCGACUAUCAAGCAGUUGGCUACAACACCCUUCGAACUCGACUCGCUAGUUCCGCUCGUUCGACUUCAUGACCUACAAGUAGUUCAGGUUCGUCGCCAGCAUAUUCUCGAUUGUACUUCUGGACCCCGAAAGAAGAACACCCUGGAUUUUUACAGAGAUCCCAGUGUGACGGAGGGACAAGCACCGACCGCUUCAAGCGCCGAGACUUUAACGCCUUCUGACACUGCCGAGGAGGACGGUUUCAACUUUGAUGUCGGCUCAGAUGACGACGCCAUCGCGUCGGUUCAGCACCAGCAUCGUAUUCUAGGCAAGCGCACCCGGCACUCCCCGGUCGAGGGUUCUUUGUUCGACAGCCAGACAGCUGAUACGGAACAGCCACUGCCCAAAGGAUCCUUUCGACCAUCUUCCAUUCAGCGGCAAGUGCAUCGGACUGUCGUUCAACCACAAUUUUCAGGUAAGCAUCCUCAAUCUUUGCUUGAAUCUAUGCAGCAGUCAAUUCAUGUACAGUUCCUCGUUCCACCCCCAAUUCUCCGAGGCCUCUACGUAUUUAGUUUCGGCUGCCGAGGACUAUCCGUUAUGCACUGCAAGCCGGCACAACUAAUGGAUCGUGUAGAGGCUUUAGAGUCCGCUUCUGUCUCAACGGACUUCUCUGAGAAGAAUCAGUAUCGCCCUGCCCCGCUAGCCACGUCCAAGGACGAUGUUCUCAAUUCUCUACGAGCUCCCCGUGUACUUGCUAUGGCUUUCUACAACGACGAAGUAAUUGACCUGAUUGACGCGGCUACAAAUUUUCUCUUCCGAUAUAAAGGCCUCCCUGAAACGGAGGCGUUGGGCUGGAAACUGAUGUCGUAUUGGGUAACCAGCAAGUUUAACCAGUUUCGCAGCCACCUUCUCUCUGGUAGUGCUGACGCAGUGCUGGGUGUCCGGUCUGAAUUCUCGCGCAACGACGAGGAGUUGUUGGAGCUAUUGGAUCUCCGGGGUAAUCCCCAAGCUGGACCUGUCCAGACUCAUCGGGUGAGGCUGCUCUCUGACAACCCCAAGCGAGCCGAGCGCCCCCGUAAGCAGACUAGCAGCAUCGCUCAGGAAGUUCUGGCAGCUCUCCCUCGGCAAGCUGGAAAGCGGAUAUGCAUGAAAUUUCUCUCCAACAUGGGAUGUACCGGCAACACCGAAGGUGGGUGUUUUGACAGCAAGAGAGCGCAUUUUCGCCCAACUCAGCUUCCAGAAGUGGUUAAGAACUGCAUUGUGGAGAAGUUCAACGGUCUCAGCCCAGCAAACCAGGAUCUCUCACUAUUCCCACAACUUGAAGCCAUGUGUGACGUGUUUGGUCUCGUGCCACCCGUUCAAGAUCGUGAUGAACGCAACAUGGAUACAAACCAAGUCCGAUUUCUCUCUGCACUAGCCCAUCAGUCUCAGCUCACUUUGCCCGAGUUUGUCCGGCUUUUUCGAGGUCAGAGUGACGCUGAUCCACGCCCAAAAAGAGCUCUCCAUGAGUUGAAGUUACCACUGGAUCCUGAAGCUCAAAGUCUGAGCACAAGUUGGAACAACAUCGUGCGUCACAGAGUUCGCCCCCCCCCCGAAGAGCCGAUGGACGUCCGCAAAACCGCCAAGUCAAGUCCACCGACCUACGAAUCAUCACAUUUCAGUGGAUCACCUUGCCAAAGUCCGGAAACACAUUCGUAA